GAUCUUCGGGGGGCUAGGCGGCUAACAGCUAGCUUCCAGUGACGCCAUUAGCUGGGUGAGACGGAGCCGCUCGCAGGAGCUCGAGAAGCGGAUUGAAUCCGGAGUGUGGCCCCGGUCCCGUCGCGUCUGUUGCCGGAUACCGACCUGAACCCUACCCGGGCUUUGUGAAGCUGUCGCCGCGCUCCUACGCGGAUCCCCCGGUCUCUGCGGAAGUCGGAAGUCGAUGUGAGCUGCGCAGCGACCCGGGCUAACGAUAGCAGCGCUGGGUCGACGCCGCUUGUUUUCAUUAACGGCGACAACAAAUUAGCGCAGAUCCAACUCGCAGCCAUGGCGGCCGGAGGGGCGGGCGGCAACAGCGGCAAGACAUACUCCUUCAAGGUGGUGCUGCUGGGGGAAGGCUGCGUGGGCAAGACGUCGCUGGUGCUGCGCUACUGCGAGAACAAGUUCAACGACAAGCACAUCACAACUCUACAGGCGUCCUUCCUCACAAAGAAGCUCAACAUCACGGGAAAGAGGGUGAACCUCGCCAUAUGGGACACCGCGGGUCAGGAGAGAUUUCAUGCGUUAGGUCCCAUCUACUACAGAGACUCCAACGGAGCCAUACUAGUGUACGACAUCACAGAUGAAGACUCUUUUCAGAAGGUGAAGAACUGGGUCAAAGAGUUGAGGAAAAUGUUGGGCAACGAGAUUUGUUUAUGUAUAGUAGGUAACAAAGUUGAUUUGGACAAAGACAGACAUGUUUCAGUUGAAGAGGCAGAGAGUUACUCCGAGUCUGUCGGAGCCAAACACUACCACACAUCAGCCAAGUUAAAUAAAGGCAUCGAGGAGCUGUUCCUGGACCUUUGUAAAAGGAUGAUGGAAACAGCUCAGGCUGAGGAGAGGUUGAAGGGCAACGGCGCCAACCAAUCGGCUUCGAGUAGGCGGGGAGUACAGAUAGUCGACGACGAACCACAGGCCACGCCAGCUGGAGGCUGCUGCUCCUCUGGCUGACACGCACACUUUUACUUAAACGCACACAUACACACACAUUCAUCAGUGUCUCAGUUGUCUGGUCCAUCGGCUAUAAAAUCCUAAACUAAUCUGCUGUUUGUGCUGCUAAGGAGCAUGGGAAAUUACUCUUCACUUACUUAAUCCAGCGUGCCCUUACAAAACAAGUCACUGAAGUCGUUUUGAUUGAAAUCAGUGACAAGAUUCUCUAGAAAUCUCAUUUUAGCACUUUACUAUCCUCCGAUAUAUGGAAACACAACAACGCAACAGUAUUUUAAAAACAAAGCAGUGGCCAAUGUUCAAGAAAACAAUUUCCUAUUUAAAUUAUCAUUAAAACAGUCGAACAUUAUUUCAAAGAGGAGGGUCAGGCUUCAGUAAACACACGCUCACACACGUACAAACGUACACACGUACAAUAAACUCCAUAUUCAUCAGAAAAUAUAAACACCAGUUUGUAGUGGAACGUCUCCGCCUGCUGGACAAACAUCAGACUGCAGACGAGGUCGUCGCAGGUCAUCAGGACGUCAACAUGAGGAGCAGUGCACAUGUCCACCCUGACCGCCAGGGAGAGCUGCAGCAGCAGUUGGUCAAUAAAGUUUUACAAAGUAAAUAAAUAAUAAAACUUCUCAUUAACAUGAAACAAACAUGGGUUCUGCAGAACCUGGUUUUAUUUGUAUAAAUUAAACUGCACUUUAUCCAAAUCAAUACUGCAGAAAUAAUGUCCACCAGGAAAACAUGAUAUUUAUACAGUUUAUUUUCAAUUAAAAAAUUGAUAAAGAAAAGUCAAGUUGAUUCAUUUGAAUUAAUUAUCAAAACAUAAAAAAAAUUAAAUGAUAUAAAGCAAAGAAAAGCUGAAAAUCCUUGAAUCUGGGAAUCAGAGAAACAACUUUAAAUUUUCAAUAUUUUGUUCAAUUAUUAAUCUUCUAAUCGUCACAGUUCAAAUCAAGAAUUACGUUUAAUCAGCUCUUUACCCAGAGUCGAUGGCUUUAACACAAACACACUUCUCUACAACAACAGCAACAACACACCCACACUGUCGCUGCCGGGCAGAGAAACUGUGCAUGUUUGAAUUCUGUAAAAGGCUUUUUGUUUGUUUUUGACUUUUAAAAAACUUGGUGAAUAAAUAAAAGGGUGAGCAGCGGUUAUUUAAUAAGUUAAAGUCAGGUGGCAGUGAUGGAUCUGAUCUGGACAUGAAUCCUUCUCUCUUCUCGCUGCUGUGUUUGUUUCCUGUUGUUUCUCCUGCAUUAAUCUGCUUAGUGAAGAAAACACACAAAUAACAGACUGGACGUUUUGUUGCCUUCGGGGGGGGGGGAGUCAUUGACACGGAAGAAGAGUGAGCAACGUUCUUUUUUCGUUACGGAGAAACGACAACGUGUGGUUGAAAAGGAAAAAAUAUCAGCACACCUUUUGGAAAUGUAAUUUUUUUAAACUGCUAGUGUCAAAAGUGUUUUGUAAAGAUAAUAGAACAAUUAUAACGAUUUACACAACGCA